AUGGGUAUGGAGAAAAAACAGAAAGUUAUGUUAGUGUUAUGCCUAAUCUUCGGAUUAUGGCACAUGGGCACGCAGUGGACAACUACACUCUUAUCUUUCCUGCAAUGGGAUACAACGGAGGUCAUGACUAUCGUUGAUUUAGGAUAUAUUCAAGCUUUUGGGAGCUUGUGUAAUGCCGCAGGUGCAUUAGCUUUUGGUCAAAUGGCUGAUACUACAGGUCCCAAAACCAUGUUCAUGCUGUCUUGCAUUCUUACAGCCAUAUACUAUGCUGGUAUUUCCGUUGCAAGAUCGUGGUAUUCUUUCUUCUUCUUACAGAUCUUAAGAAUCGGUUACCAACUCGAUGGAACCGCUGAAAUGUACUUGGCUACUGUUACAACAGAAAGAGAGAGAACCGGAGCGCUCAUGAGACUAGCUGUUCCACAGGCUAUCGCUAUGUUUUUCGGUCCAAUGAUCGGUUCAAAAAUUGCUGCCUUUACUAGCUUGAGAGUUUCUCAAUUCAUUUGCGGAGUUACCUUAUUGGGAACUCUUAUGCCUGUUCUUUUCUUCUUGUUGCCAACAACUCACUCCAUUCCUAAGCUUGCCACAGCCCGUCUUCGUCCUCAAGACUACUGGCCCAUGAUCACAAAGAACAACUCUCUCAAGGAAGGUCUCAUUAUUCGUGGAUUAAUCGUAUCUGCAUACGUCUGUUACGAGAUGAUCUCAAGAAACUUCUUGCUCCGUAACUUCAUGAAAGACUCCAACGAUUCCGCCGUUGUUUUAAUGAUCAUGGCUGCUGCUCUCUUAGUAGUACAAUUUGUCGUUCUCCCAAUCCUUCAACGUAACGUCAGCCCAAGGGCAUUAUUGCAAUUUUCUUUGGUCGGCUUAUUAGCCAGUUAUUGUGCCGUCAUCUUUGUCGACAGUUUUGAGCAAAUGCUCGUCAUUACUGCUGUUCAGACAGGAGCUUACUCAAUCGCUUAUGCUGAGAGCAGUACUCAAAUCACUUGUGCUGUCGAAACCACCGAUCUUGGUAAAGCUACAGGAUUAGCAUCUAUGGUUCAAUGGAUGACACAUUUCAUUUUACCAAUUUAUGCUUCACAGCUUGUUCAGCAUUUCCAUUAUACCUAUGCUUUCUACACCUCUGCCGCUUUAGCUGCCACUUCGCUAAUUUACGUGUCAGUUGUUGCAAAAAAUACAAACAACCGCGUGGGAUCUCUCUUGCCCAGUUUGACAGUCGCUUAUUAG